AUGGCGUCUAGUGUCUGCAGUGCGUGUCAGGCUUCGGGUAUAAAGAUGUCUCGCUGUGGCCAAUGCAAAUGGGCUGCGUACUGCUCCAAGACAUGCCAGCGGGACCACUGGAGGACUGGACACCGUCAAAUGUGCGCCAAGCUUAAGGUUUGCAAACGAUUUCGCGACCUGGAGCGAGAGUGGUGGUCGACUCGACCGUCAGACGAGCUGCAGAGGUUCGUGGUGCAGUUUGGUUUGCAGCCUGAAUCGAUGGCUUUCUUCGGAGAAGUAUUGUUCCUACUCUGCGGCCUCAAGGCGUGCGUGUUGCUGUCCAACCUGCCUCCGAUGUGGCGCCAGAGCUUCGCGAACGACGUGACACCGGCUGAGUACGAGCUCACGGAUGACCUCGUGCUGGGCAAUACAAUACAUAGCGACUUUGCGAUGGCAGAGCAGGCACUUCGACUGACAGGAGCUACAGUGGACACGACAAGAACUGUGCAAUUGGCGACGACUGACGUGGACGUGUCGGAGUUGGUGCAGGAACACGAAUUGGCUCGGAUGUUGGACUACCCAGUGGCGUUGAGCGAUUGCGAUGAAGACGCGUCAAUGGUCGAGGUUGGGUAUUUUCUCGAGGAGAGACAAGAGCGUGUACUACUGACAUCGUACUGCGCCAUGGCGACACUUCAGCACAACCAGCGUAUACAGCAGCAUUUUCAGCGAUAUCGGAAAUGCAGUGCAGGACUGCAGCUCACGUUACACACGUCGCAGAUCUAG